GGGAGUUUGGGUAACUAAAGUGCUAUAUUUCAAGACGGUUUGUGCACGGGAAUCAGCGAAGCACUUUACAGGAGCCGUGUGAGAUGAGGGCAGAUAAAGCGAGUCGAGGGAAUAUUUAUUUUUUUUUAACUGUAACGCCUUUGUCAUAUUAGCUGGUACCAGCUGUCAUCAGAUUUUAUAAAUACCAGCUAGCCAGAAGACCAGAGUCUUUCAUUCAGAAACAGACUGGAUUAUCACUCAGAUCCGCAAAUGAGUUGGAUUACCAUGUGUUGGUCUGCGCUCCUACAAAGCGUUACAACAACUGUGUAAAGGCUGAUUCCUCUUGAAGAGUGCUGAAGCCAUAGCCAUGCCUCUGUCAGACUUUCUGGACGGCCUGAAGGACAACCCCUACUUCGGGGCUGGCUUUGGACUGGUUGGGAUUGGGACAGCGUUGGCAGUGGCCAGAAAAGGUGCCCAGGUGGGGAUGAUCUUCUUCCAGAGGCACUAUAUGAUCACUCUGGAGGUCCCCAGCAGGGACAAGAGCUACCACUGGCUGCUGAGCUGGAUCACCAAGCACGCCAAACACACUCAGCACCUCAGCGUGGAGACCUCCUACCUGGCACACGAGAGUGGACGGGUUCACACGCAGUUCGACUUCCACCCGAGUCCUGGGAACCACAUUAUCUGGUAUGGGAGAAAGUGGAUUAGGGUGGAGAGGACGAGAGAGAAGCAGAUGGUGGACCUGCACACUGGAACCCCAUGGGAGUCUGUCACUUUCACCGCUUUAGGCAGAAACAGACAAAUCUUCUUUAAUAUCUUACAAGAAGCAAGAGAAUUGGCCUUGAAGCAGGAAGAAGGAAGGACGGUGAUGUACACAGCCAUGGGCGGAGAAUGGAGGCCCUUUGGGUUUCCACGGCGACGCAGACCCCUCAGCUCGGUGGUGCUGGAGGCGGGUGUGGCUGAAAGGAUCGUAGAUGACGUGAAGGACUUCAUCGGAAACCCAAAGUGGUACACAGAUCGGGGCAUUCCCUACAGGAGAGGAUAUCUGUUGUAUGGUCCCCCGGGAUGUGGAAAGAGUAGCUUUAUCACGGCAUUGGCAGGCGAGCUGGGCUACAGCAUCUGUCUGAUGAGUCUGAGUGACCGAACGCUCUCAGAUGACCGUCUGAACCACCUCCUGAGCGUGGCGCCGCAGCAAAGCAUCAUUCUGUUGGAGGACGUAGACGCAGCCUUCGUCAGCCGAGACCUGCUUCCCACUGAGAACCCUCUGGCCUACCAGGGAAUGGGAAGACUGACCUUCAGUGGACUUCUCAACUCUCUUGAUGGAGUUGCUUCUUCUGAGGCCAGAAUAGUUUUUAUGACCACAAACUUCAUAGACAGGUUAGACGCAGCUCUCAUCCGACCGGGCCGCGUCGAUCUGAAGCAGUACAUCGGGCACUGCACCCACUGGCAGCUCACCCAGAUGUUCCGGCGGUUCUACCCAGACGAACCUGCCUCUGAAGGAGAGCGGUUUGCGGAGCGUGCCUUAGCCGUACAUCCUGAGGUCAGCGCUGCCCAGGUGCAAGGACACCUUCUGUUGCACAAAAUGGACGCUGCAGGAUCUAUAGACAAUAUUGCCCAAAUUAAAGAAUGAAAGGACUGGAAGGAGUUUGGAGACUGAUCACUGAAUAAAGAGAAAUAUAAGAACCACAA